AUGGAAGGCAGUGAAAGCGAGGCAGUGUUCGAAUCGCUGAACUUUAAUCCGCAGCUGUUUAUCAACGAGGUCUUCAACCUCGUCGAUGAUUUGGUCGAUGACGCUUGCAAUCAUUUCCACCAACAAGCAUCAACCUCCCUGAAGAUCGAGGGCACUGACAGAACCCAAGAUUUAUCCAAGGGUAUUAAUGUUAUCCGCAAAAAGGUUCAAUCAGAUAUUGAUAAGCGGCUAGCUAUGUGGGAGCAGCACUGCCAUAACCACUUUUUUCAAGUUCCUGAGGGGAUGAAUCACCUGUCGACACCUUCUAUAUGUCAAAAUGCAAUCUGUGACCCAGACUUGGAUGCCCAGUUGGAUUUAUUAAGGAACAACCUUACUAAGGUUGGUCAGGAGUCUGCUGCGCUGAACCGAGAGCUCCAAUCAUUAGAACAACAGUCUGCUUCUAACGAUCAUAUUUCUGCUCUCAAUGAGAUUUCGCUACUAUAUGACCAAAACUCUUAUCAUGAGAUGUUCCAAGAGAUGAUGAAGACAGCGUCAGAACUUCGGACAAAAAUAGGAAAGCUGAAGACCAGAAAGAUAGAAGAAACUGAACACAAUAAAGCAGAUAAGAUUUACAACCCACACAGAGAUCCAUCUAUGAUGGGUAUUGGCAAAGGCUUCUCUGGUGCGAAGUUGGAAGAUCUUCAAGAAGUUUUAGUCCAUUUGAAAAACAGUGACAUGCAUAAGGCAAAUGUUAAGCACAACACAAUUGGAAACCUGUUGCAAUUUGAUCCACAAACAAAAGAAGUAAUAGUGUUGUUAAGAGGACUUUCUUUGCUGCUAGGGACGACGGUAGGCCUGGACACGGAUCGGUUCGGAACGGUAGAAGGCUCUUCCGAUGAGCCUGAGUGCUUGGAGAUAACCAUGGCGGCGGAUUUUUUCCCUCACAUUGACUUCUUUUAUAAUCCCGCCACUCUGCUUUGCGAGAGCAUUGCAAAAAAGGUUUUCCCACCAGGAGGAGGAGUAGAAUCGAAGGAGGCUGACGAUGAUUAUUCGUACAGAAUCAGGAAGCGGUUGUGGAAGGAGGUUUUGGUGCCAUUGAACAAAGCCUUGGCCACCCCGGCUUAUACCGGUGGCAACAAAUGGGGUUAUGAUCCAGGGUUCAAGCUAGAGCCCUGCGCGGUUGAUACUUAUUUGGAGGACGUUGUCAAAGUCCAAGAUUAA